UGGUGCAGAACAACGAUUUUGUAUGAGGCAUUUGUACUCUAAUUUCAGAAAACGGUUUGGUGGCCAGAAGUUGAAAAACCUAAUGUGGAAGGCAGCAACUGUGACACACCCUGUGGCCUGGGAAAGGGUAAUGAGAGAUAUUAAAAAGGAGAAUGAAGAUGCUUUCAAGUACCUCAUUGCUAUACCACCUAGGUUUUGGUCCAGAUCAAGAUUCACUAGGAAUGCUGUGACUGACACAGUAGUAAAUAACAUGACAGAGGCAUUUAACAGUGUGCUUGUUGAUGCUAGAUGCAAGCCUGUUAUCUCAAUGUUGGAAGACAUACGAAUAUACAUGAUGAAGAGGUGGCAAUCUAAAAGACAAAAGCUGGAAAAAAUGGAAGGGCAAAUCUGUACUAAAAUAAACAGCAGACUACAAGAAGAAUCCAAAAAAAGUAGAUACUGGAUCCCAAGUUGUGCUGGGGGGAAAGUAUUUGAAGUUGCACACCUAUCAGUGCUAGGUGACAAGUAUGUUGUCAACCUAGACACCCAAGAUUGCAGCUGUAGGAAGUGGAUGAUAACUGGCAUCCCGUGCUGCCAUGCACUUGCUGCCAUCAGGUUCUUGAACUUGAAUGCAGCAGAUUAUAUCCCCCUAUGUUUCAGGAAAUCAACUUUUGAAGAGAUGUACAACUCCAUUAUCUACCCUAUCAAUGGACAAAACAUGUGGCCCACCACUGAUUUUCCAGAUGUCAUGCCUCCACAUAAAAGGAUUAUGCCUGGGCGACCCAAGAAAAAGAGAAGGCUGGAACAAUGGGAGUUGAGGAAAGAUGAUACCCAAUUACGAAAAGGUGGCCAUAGAAAAAGAUGCAGAGUUUGUCGUGAACUGGGGCACAAUAGAACAAAUUGCCCACAACUGCCUACACAAGGACAGUCCUCACAGCCAAGUGAUGCUCCUCCACAACCAACCCAGCCAUCUCAAGAGCCAAUUUCUGCUACUCAACAACCAACCCAGCCAUCUCAGGAGACAAUUUAUGCUACUAUACAACCAAACCAGCCAUCACAGGACCCAACUUCUGCUCCUCCACAACCAACCCUGCCACUCUGAUUCACUUCUUUAAUGUAUAUGUAAUCUGGUCUUUAAGUUUUAAUUUUGAUGGCUGUUAUUUUGUAAAAUUCAUUAGCCAUUUUUGGAUAAUUUGGAUCACAGACAUUUUCAUUUUGUAAGUUGGUAAAUUCAGGAUUAUGGUGGACAACAAC